CAGCUACCCCCUUCUCGAAUGUAGACCUUUUUUUGGAAGUACUGGUGCUUUCAGGACAACUGGGGGGGAAACGAGGUUAAAUAAUGACGUUAGUGAACUUCAGGUCGGAGCUCUAGAAAGAUGCCCUAGUAUCCGACUUGGAUGACUGUUCAAAAUGAUUUUCCAAAUCGGAGCGAACGUAUUUUGACAUUAUAACGGUUGCAGAGUUGUCUAAUGGGACAAUAAAUUGUAAGAGAGGAUAUUCGUCAAAUUCAACGUCUCCUCUACCAAGAUACUGGUGCAGCUAGCUAACGGUAGCUAGUAACAACAACAAAAAGCUACCUUUGGCUAGCAGCUAGCUACCUGCAGUAAACCUAAUGUUUACUGUGCGCCAUGCAAGCUUUAGUCGCACAUUAUUCAUCAACUCCUAAACUCACUAUUAUUCAUCAACUCCCAAACUCACAUUUAAUGUUGAAAAGUCUUUGCUAUUAAUCGUUUGGGGGAGAAAAGGUUGAGCUCCAGUGGGACUGUAAACUUCCGGUCCGUACUAAAACCGGAAGUGACGUAAAAUUUGUGCUGCCAUCAGGUAGGUGGCUAGUAACUCCGCGUUUUCCAAGUUAUAAUACAUAUAUUUAUAUAUGAGACGUGACUUGAUACGUUGCUGAUUUAAGGAGUACUGCCCCUACUAGAAUGCGGGAUCAUCUAAAUAGCUAGAACUCUAUGAAAAGGACAGAAACAGAGAGAGCAAGCUAACAGAAGUACUAACAUCGUUAGCAUAGGUGGGUGGCUGUUUUGUUUGCUGCAGUACUGUUAACGUCAGAAGCUGGCCUUUAUUGAUAAAGCACUGUAUAUGGAUCCUCACAUCCGUGUUAAAGACGAACCCACUAGUGAUGAUGACGUUACACACAGCUGGUGCAACCCUGUCCGGCCCUCACAAAUGGACUACAGUCAUGAAGGUGCUGUUGAUAAGUCUGAGUUGGAACCAGGUGACCUUCCAGGCCUCAGUGAGGCAAGAAAACCAACAUUCAAUGUGAUUGUCAAAGAGGAGGAGGAAAAGGAGGAUGAUGAAGAUGAUGAGGAGGACAUGGUUGACAGAGGUUCAGACACUGACUACACACCAAGUCCCGCUGUGGUAGUGAAGGUGGGAGAACACAAACCACCAAAGAAUAAGAACACAGUAAAGAAACUUCACCAGUGCCCCGACUGUGGUAAAACCUUUGAGAGGCUGUCGCGUCUGAAGAGGCACGAGCCAUCACACUUGAGGAAGAGCAAGCACCCGUGCCCUGACUGCAACCAGUCUUUUGGCAACCUCUCAGUCCUGAAGAAACACAGGGCAACACACAAGAGCACCGAGAAGCUGACUCACCAGUGUCAACAAUGUGGCAAGACGUUUGAGAAGCUAUCGCGCCUCAGAAGGCACCAGCCCGUACACCAGAGGAGAAAGAGGAUGGACCACCCGUGUCCUAAAUGUGGCAAGACCUUCAAGAAGUUAUCCGGCCUGGUUCGGCACGAGCGAGGACACACCGGAGAGAAACCGUUCCCUUGCUCCCAGUGUGGGAAGAGCUUUGCCGACGACCGUCACCGGAAAGUGCACGAGCAGGCUCACCAAGGGAAGCUGGAGAGACCCCACCGCUGCGCUGACUGCGGGAUCUGCUUCCCCAAACCAUCCGAGCUUCGACGGCACCAACGUGCUCACACGGGAGAGAAACCGCACCGCUGCCCUGACUGUGGGAAGGCCUAUUCCCGGUCAGAGACUCUGAAGAGGCACCUUCUCAUCCACACGGGGGAGAGACCUCACCUCUGCACUGAUUGUGGGAAAAGCUUCAUUGACUUGCAGCAGUUGAAAUCUCACCAGCGGAUUCACACUGGAGAGAAACCAUUUCACUGCCCCGUGUGUGGGAAGGGUUUCUCACAGAGGGGUAACAUGAGGGCACACCAUCGGACUCACACAGGGGAGAAACUUCAUCACUGUGCCGACUGCGGGGCCAGUCUCUCCACAUCUUCUAGUUUAAAAGAGCAUCAGCUCAUUCACACAGGAGAGAGGCCCUUCCAGUGUCUGGUCUGUGGCAAACGCUUUCUGCACAUCUGGAGACUCAGAAAACACCAGAAGACACACACACACCGGACUAACAUACACACACCGGACUAACACACACACACACCGGACUAACACACACACACACCGGACUAACACACACACACACCGGACUAACACACACACACACCGGACUAACACACACACACACCGGACUAACACACACACACACCGGACUAACACACACACACCGGACUAACACACACACACCGGACUAACACACACACACUGGACUAACACACACACACUGGACUAACACACACACACCGGACUAACACACACACACCGGACUAACACACACACACCGGACUAACACACACACACCGGACUAACACACACACACCGGACUAACACACACACACCGGACUAACACACACACCGGACACACGCUGGAUACACAUAAGGAAGACGUCUCUGUGUGCUUUGAAAGAGCAGCAACUGUAGUGUUGUACUACUACUACUAAUAUUAAUACUACUAAUAGUUAAUACAACUAAUAUUAAUACGAGGAUUGUGGGUUCAAUUCCUGGGACCACCCAUGCGUGAAUGUGUGCAUGCAUGACUGACUGACUGUAAGUUGCUUUGGAUAAAAGCAUCUGCUAAAUGGCUGUUAUUAUUAAUAUUAAUAUCAGCAACGCAGAACCAACCAAAAUAAUUUCGCUCACUUUAAUAGCUUGCAGUAGGGAUCUGCUUGUGAGUAUUCAAAUGACAUAUGUGUACAGGGCGGGUGUACUACAAAGCAGGAUCAAUUAAUUAUCCAGCUAACUUUGAUAAGCAACCAGAAAUAUCUAUUGAUUUUUCUGACUAAUUAAUGCAUUCAAAAUGAGAUAUGCGUUGUUGGUUGAGUUAGUUAAACAAUGCCAAUUCCAAGCUUAUCUUUCUAAAACCAGAAAAGGUCAUAUCAGAAUAUUUAGACAGGCUGACUCAUUGAAUGGUCUUUGUAGUUUACCCCUCUGGUCUACGCCUCGUCCCAUUUUAAUCAACACUGAACAAUGCUCUUUAUACGUCUGACAUAACUAUUUUAAUGGGACAUUUAAUAGUCUUAUGUUUUGUGUUUGUGUACACGUUUUACUAUACUUGUGAGUACCAGUAGUCCUCAUGAAUAGUAAACUAACAAAAAUUCAGAGAAGUAAGGACUUUUUUUUGGCAGUCUUCACUUGUAAAAAUGUUAUUUUAGGCUUAGGGGUUAGGUUCACAGUUAGGGUUAGGGGUUAUUGUUUAGCGGUUAGGAAAAAUAGGAUUUUGAAUGGGAAUCAAUUGUUGGUCCCCAAAAAGUCCUGCAAUGAAGCCCAUUAUCUGUAGUCUAGGUAACAGUCUCCAGCUAACAUCCCACUCCUCGUCACUCCCAAAGAGACUGGCCUUUCAGCCAUAGAAAUAUGAAUAGAAAGGUGUCUCCAUUCAAGUCAAUGAUGGCAUAAUGGGUGGACUGGCAGCCAUUUUGAGUGUAUCCAUGCCAGGAAGUAAAAGCAGGAAGUGUCCCCUUUAAUCUGUGCUGUGAUUUGUUGAGUGAACUAAACUGAUGUUUAAAAAAAAAAUACAUUCCAUUGCAUGAGCCACAUCCGUUAGUAUCAUUUGAAUGAACAUUUUACAUUACCAUGGCAACCCAGCAUCAGUUGAUAGAACAUUUCCAAAAUACCAUGAACAUUAUUGCAUCACAAUAGAAGGCAGCCAUUAUUUGCGAGUGGACCCAUGAGUUUGCCAGGGUUAGAGUUUCAAGCCCAUUCUAUUCAUAUUUCUAUGCUUUCAGCAAUCUCAGUGUUCAAUAUGCACUGGAUUUAUGGCGGAGUUGCUCCUUGGCUGUUGGAAAUAACAUUCAUAUUUCCCACGACAACAUGUGGAGCCUCAAUUAGAAUACAAAGUAAAAACAACAUUUAGCUGUUAGCUAGGCAAGUUAUUUUUAGGUUUCAAAAUCUAAACGGAGGUUUUGUGGUUGGAAUUGAAGUAGGUAUUUACUUCAUUUAAAUUCCAGUCAAUUCAGUACACUGAAAUGUCAAUUCUCUUCAAUACUUUUCAAUGAGGGAAAUGUGGAAUUGGAAUUGUUUACUUUCUGAAUUGACCGGAAUUGACCCCAACGCUGCACAAAAGCCCAUUUUUGUCCUCGAGGCUUCCACACCGUUUACUUCUUUUUCUUCCAUUGAGGCCCCCAUUAUUAGCCAAAUAAUGGCCAUUCUGCACAACAAAAACAUUCAGACAGGCCCACCCAUUGGG